AUGCUGACUCUCUCUGCAGCUACUAUCGUCAAUUGCAAUCGCAAGCUCCUGCAUCACGAGGGUAGCCAUCCGACACCGUCGAGUGAGCCAUCAAUAUCAAAUCGCUACUCGGAUGAGGGCCCACCAGAACGCGACGACUGGUGGUACAAAGGGACAGACAAUCUGUUCUUAAAUCGGUCGGGAGAACAUCAUUUCGUGGGUGCCUCGUCCACCACACAUCUUGCGAAACGGCUCAACCCCGCCUCCACAAACCUUGCAUGGGAUGUGCGCCCACUUUACGAUGACCCUUCAUCAUUGAGAAGACCAGUCGGCGGCUCAUUGCCUCAAUUACCACCUUUUGAGUUUGCCAAGCGACUAUUCUGGGUACAAUAUGCUUACAUCGGCACAAUCUUCUCCCUUAUUCAACCCUUGGAGUUUGAAGAGCGGCUCGAUCUAGUCUAUCACCAACCACUUGAUUUCUCACAUCGUGAAUCUUGCCUAUGGAUUGGCGAGGAAGGUCCUCCCGGCUUCAAGUAUUUCAAGCAUGCGUUACGUUUCUUGCCAGAUAUUCACGAAGAGGGGUCGAUUCUCUUUGUUGAGGUGCUAUGCUACGUGGCAUACUAUAUGCAGAAUCUGAACAGGCGGGAUGCUGCCUUCCUCUAUAUCGGACUUGCUCUGCGCAUGGCUAUCUCCCUAGGCCUACAUCAAGAGGUGGCUGAUCCCUCAAUAAGUGAAUUAGAUCGGAACCGUCGACGUCGGGCUUGGUGGUCUGUCUACAGCUUGGACCGGCUACUCUCGGUCAAAUCUGGUAAUCCUAUUACGAUUCACGAUGAAGACAUUGGGAUAACUUGGCCCACAACUGUGAUGGUCACAUCAGAGAUCUAUAGAAAGAAACCUGGAUCUGGAUCCAACCUCGUUGCUUCUGUCCAGAGUAUCACAAAUGACCUUUCUGGCUGGCUGCGACAAGUACCAGACCGGCUCCGUAUCGAUUUUACUACACUCGAUACCCAUAUCAAUCGAGAGUCUGUCUCAAUCAACUUGCACUUUUACUCAUGUGUGAACAUGACUGCGCGCCCAUUGGUCUUUUAUGUCAUCCAACGACGACUCGACGCGGAAGCCAUUGGAUCCGCAACAGAAGAUUGGAAAGAAGGGUUGGCCCACAAUACUGUCGCUGUCAUUGACAGCUGCAUCACGGCAGCGCGAGCAACUACUGUGAUCAUGGAUGCAGCUGCAAAACAUAAUCUCAUUGCUACAUAUGGAUACCUUGAUGGCGAAUAUAUCUUCUCCGCUGCACUGCUGCUGGUCAUGGUUAAUGCCGCGUUUCCACCUAAUGAAACCAGCGCCCGGGCCAUGGAGACCGCACUGAACCUUCUUCGCGGUAUGGCAGAUCGGGGAAAUACAUACCUGGACUCGCGUCACUCAUUGCUGUUGGAAUUACGGGCGGCCAUUGGACCUAGACCUGCUGAAGAAAAAGAUACCGAAGUGACAAGUUCUGUUGCUGCAGGUCAAAAGGGCCCUGUGACGCCGAUGACCGAAAACGGCGUAAAUCCAUCAGAGGAUGUUCUAGAUCCGAGUGCAGAGCUAGCAGCUUCACAAGUGCUCACUUAUAACUGGCCACAGCAGCCAGAUCUCCCUUCUUUCCGGGAUAUUGCCUUCCGGUUUGAUCUAAACGAUGAUCCAGCACUUUGGGAAGGGGCUUUGGAUCAAAUCGACAUUGACAUGGACACUGACUGGAUUGAGAAUACUUUAAAGCGAUAA